AGUUGUUUUUCCUUUCCGGUGGCCCUGAUCAGGUGUCCCCGCCCCCUCCCGCCGCGCGCCUCCCCCCGCAGCCCGCUCCUGACGCCCCCUCCCGGCCCGGCCCUUCCUCCCCCGCCCCCCUCCGGGCUGGACCGCGGAUGGUACGUUCCGCACGUGAGCUGGGUGCUGGUCUGGCCGGGGACGCGCGUGCCCUGUGGCCAAACACUGCCCGGAGUGAGAGCAAACUACCAGCGCAGUGGGGCCGGCGCGAGUGUGCGUGCGUGUGUGUGUGUGCGUGUGUGCGAGCGAGCGAGCGCGGUGGGAGGGGGGACCAACUGCUUCACACUUUGAACACUGCACUGAAGAGGGAGAGAGAGAGAGACUGGAAACGCACAGAUUCCCCCCCAGGAUCUCUCAAGGCUACGGUCCCACAGAUUAUAGAACAGAACCCCAAAAAUCGAAACAGAGGAAACGGACAGCGGUUGAACAUGGACGAAGGAAUUCCUCAUUUGCAAGAGAGACAGUUACUGGAACAUAGAGAUUUUAUAGGACUGGACUAUUCCUCUUUGUAUAUGUGUAAGCCCAAAAGGAGCAUGAAGCGAGACGAUAGCAAGGAUACCUACAAAUUACCGCACAGAUUAAUAGAAAAGAAGAGAAGAGACCGAAUUAAUGAAUGCAUUGCUCAGCUGAAAGAUUUACUGCCUGAACAUCUGAAGUUGACAACUCUGGGGCAUCUGGAGAAAGCCGUAGUCUUGGAAUUAACUUUGAAACACUUGAAAGCUUUAACAGCCUUAACCGAGCAGCAGCAUCAGAAGAUAAUUGCUUUACAGAAUGGGGAGCGAGCUCUGAAGUCGCCCAUUCAGUCCGACUUGGAUGCGUUCCACUCGGGAUUUCAAACCUGCGCCAAAGAAGUCUUGCAAUACCUCUCCCGGUUUGAGAGCUGGACGCCCAGGGAGCCGCGGUGUGUCCAGCUGAUCAACCACUUGCACGCCGUGGCCACCCAGUUCUUGCCCACCCCCCCGCUGUUGACUCAACAGGUCACUCUGAGCAAAGGCGCCGGCGCGCCCUCGGCUGCCGCCCCCGCCGGCUCCGCGUCCGCCCCGGGGCUGGAGCGCGCGGGGCCCAAGCUGGAGCCGCUGGCCCACUGCGUGCCGGUCAUCCAGCGGACUCAACCCAGUGCCGAGCUGGCCGCCGAGAACGACACGGACACCGACAGCGGCUACGGGGGCGAGGCCGAGGCCCGGCCGGACGCGGGGGCGAGCCGCGUGGCCAUCAAGCAGGAGCCCCCUGGGGAGGACUCGCCGGCC